AUGGCUUUCGCGACCGAGUAUCGUCGACGCAUGGACAUGGGCCUCGUUUCCCAGUUCCCAGCGCUGCACAAGGGCAGCAAGCGAGACGCAUUGUCAGCAAGACGGCGGAACCACAGUCUCACAGACCUGCAAGCCACCGCCACCGCCACCACCACCUUCACAUAA